AUGUCUGACCUCUUCGAUGACCGCACACCUGAGCAGCUUGAGAAGUGCGUUGAAAAGGGCCAAGAGUUGCUGGAGAAGAUCAAGCAAACCCUGGGAGAAGUCUCUGAUCCAGACGUAAGUCGAAUGUCUCAAGCAACUAAGAAUGUCCAAUCCCAAGCUAUCCCUGCCAAAACGGUCAUCGGUAUUGUCGGCGCGACUGGCGCAGGCAAAAGCUCUAUCAUCAAUGCCGUGCUCGACGAAGAACGUUUAGUUCCGACCAGCUGCAUGCAAGCUUGUACCGCUGUUGUGACAGAAAUCAGCUACAACAACCACGGAGGUGCUCCAUAUAGAGCUGAGGUCGAAUUUAUCUCAAGGGACGACUGGCGGAAAACGUUGAAAGUUCUCUUCCAAGAUCUCCGCGAUCAGCCGGGCCAGAUCAACAUGAACGAAGACUCCGACUCUACUGUCGCCUAUGCUCAAGUGAAGGCAAUAUAUCCAUGGCUAACUAAAGAGGAAAUUGAUGAGGCACCUAUCGAAACAUUGAUGGAGCAUAAGAACGUUGCCCAUCUAGGCGAUAAGCUCAGCAUUGAAUCGAGCAAUGCUGACACGUUCUACAAGGAAUUGCAACCUUUUGUAGACAGUAAGAAGAAGAAGACUGCUGGACUCAAAGAACGGGCAGAGCAUGAGCAAGAGGCGGAGUUUUGGCCCCUGAUUCGGGUUGUCAAACUUUAUGUCAUGGCUCCUGCUCUAGCCACUGGUGCAGUGCUCGUCGAUCUCCCAGGAGUUCAUGAUAGCAACCAGGCUCGCGCAGCAGUCGCUAAAGAAUACAUGAAACAGUGUACCGGACUCUUGAUUGUUGCACCCAUCACAAGAGCAGUUAACGAUAAAUCUGCAAAGACCCUACUAGGCAACUCUUUCAAACGUCAAUUGAAGAUGGAUGGAGGGCUCAAUUCAGUUACUUUUGUCUGCAGUAGAUCCGACGAGAUCUCGGUCACUGAGGCUCAGGAUUCUCUUGAUCUGGCGGAAGAGCAGGCUACCAUGUUGGCAGAAGAAGGAGAUUUAUCAAAGCAGAAGGAUGUAUCCACAGAGCAGAUUACAGAUCUUGAACGCCGAAAGGAUGAAAUUGAUGCUGCUCUAGAUUCCGCGGAUGAUGAACUUGAAGUCUGGGGAACGCUGCGAGACGACACAAGUGUCACCAGGCCCCCGAGAGAAUUUCUGAAGCGAAAAUUCUCAGAAAUGAUCAGCCACACGGUGAAAGGGACAAAAUUCACCGAGCCUGGUCCUGACGUUGACCUUUCCCCUAGCAGCGAGGAGUGUGCCGGAGAUAUCGGGUCAGAACACACAUCAUCAGACCCCAGUGACGGUCAUACGCAGCCACUUACAGACCACGAUAUAUCAACCAAAAUCGCCGAGAUCACAAGAACCAAAAAAGCAUUGCGCAGCGAGAAGCGCAAGAUUGAUAGGGAGAUUCGAACACUGAAGGCUCAAGUUGGAGAAUUCGACACACAGCAGGAGAGCAUUUCCGCAGAGAUUCUCGCACAGUGUAUCAAAGGUCGGAACGAGUAUGCACGACGUGCAAUUGCUCGUGAUUAUGCUGCUGGUAUCCGUGAACUAGAUCAAGAGCUGGCCGACGAAGAUGAUCCAGAGAAUUUCGACCCCAGCAUGGAUGCUCGCGAUUACGACGAAGUGGCUCGCAAUUUACCCGUCUUCUGCGUAUCUUCUCGUGCGUAUCAGAAGUUGAUGGGCAGAUUUCAGAGGGACAAAGCUGUUCCAGGAUUUCAGCACAUAGAGGAGACGGAAGUUCCGGCCCUGCAAGCUCACUGCGUGCACCUCACAGCUACUGCGCGUCAAGCAUCUUCUCGCAAGUUUCUUACCAGCUUGUUUCAACUGCUCAACUCUCUCCGUCUAUGGGUUGCGCAUGGCAACGUUGCAAAUACGCUUGCAGCGAUGCGGUUAGACCAAGAAGUCCAAAUUCUUGAAGAGAGGCUCAACAGCCUUGAUUCGGCCCUGGAAGAUACAUGUGGCACAAGUGUUGAUGAAUUUUCUGACCAGCUUCAAUGCAAAGUCUUUGAGGCUUACGCCAGCGCGACAGCGGCAGCGCAAAAUAAAGCAGCCGAAAUUGCUCGCAAAUGGGGAUCGCCUGUCAAUCAGGAGAAUCCAGCCGCAGGAGGUCUCCACUGGUCGACGUAUAGAGCCGUGGUUCGCCGCGAUGGAUGUUUUACGAAUCACCGGGGCUGUCACAACUUCAACGAGCAGUUAAUCGAACCACUGAUCCGACAACUCGCCAGACCUUGGGAAUCUGUUUUCAGUCGCAGCCUGCCCAUUAUCUUCAGGCGACUCCCGCUGAUCGUAGCUGACAGGAUUACCGUUUUCCACGAAGAUGUUGAGGGCCGCGCUGUCCGCAACGGUGUCUCUGCGCUCAUUUUCGAGCUGCUCAAGCAACAGAUACCCGUGUAUAAAGAAAAGAUGAAUGUCAUAAUCAAGGAUGCGAAUAGUUGGGUAACCCAGCAACAACGCACCUUCAAUCGGGAGUUUGAACCUCUGAUGUCUAACCGUAUGCAAGAAGUUUACAACGCUUGCGCCCGUGAGGAAGGCAGAGGGUGCUUCAAACGGAUGAGGGACGCAAUGGAGCGGUACGUGGAGGACAAGAAGAUGGUCAUGUUUGAUGAUGUCGCCAACGACGUCCGCAAACUAAUCACGCAGAUGCUGAAGGAGCUGAAAGAUACUUUAGUCGGCAGUCUCAAAGGCAUUUCUGAAGACAUCCGGAGAGAGUAUACUAAUGUGGUGAUACGUCAAGAGAUCGGACCUGAAGAGCGGCAAGCGAUGCGAGACAAGGUUCUUGACAUUGUCGACAGUGCCGAACUUGUUUUCGAGCAAGCCCUUGGUCUCAGAGAGGAGUCGACGCUCGAGGCUGAAUUGCCGAUUCAAUGCCAACCAGAAAUCGCCGAUAUGGCCCCCGUGGUGAAAGGGGAGCCGGGAUGGGAAAUCUCACGAGCAACGCCGAAGAUGGAGUCGGUAGAGCCGGUAAACGGGAAACCCGAACAUUACAUGGAGCUGGCUGAUGCGUGA